UCGUGGUACAAAGUAGCGUGCACAGAUGGCGUUGAUGAGAAACAGUGGCGACAUCUAUCAGCUAAAACUAGGACUAUAACGUUUUGUUGACCGUAGCUUGACAUAAAUAGGUGGAUACAAAGUCUUUUGAACACGAUUUUUUGAUAUUUAUUGUCAAAUAAAACCAAUGUCAGAAAAAUCAUUGCCUAAGUAGACAGCUCGCAAAAAAUGUGAUAAUUGUAGUUCAAUCAGCGAUCAUCAUUCUCUCGAUAAAAUGCAAUGCAAAAUCUAAAUUACUGCGUUAGCCAUGGAAAAUAAUGGCGACACACCCAACGAGAAAAAGUUCGUUAAUAAGGCGAAAUCGUAUAACAACGCACCGCCUAUGAGACUCAAGAGCGAGCCGGCGAAGCGUAAGUCAUUUAAUGUGAACGAAGCUGUGAGAUCACUAGACUUGGCGUUGGGUAGACUGAAGAAGAGCAAGCUCGUGAACGGCGAGUACACGACGAGCAGACAGAUGGACCCCACAGCUCAGGAGGCUACCGAAAUGUUCAUGGAUAUGUGCACGUCGUCCAACUUCACGCAGGGCACGGAGAACGCGUCCCUCAUGUCCAUGAACUUCUCGCACUACGAGCUGAUGCGCAACGUGUCGCGCUCCAACUGCAACUCGGACGGGGCCUUCAGCGGCAACACGUGCAGCACGCGCCUCAGCCCCGCAGACCUCAACGUGAAGGACGAGCACCUCGAGAAGUACUUCCGCAGCAUCGAGAUGUGGUCGCGAAACUACAGCGGCGGGCCCAGCAACCUGCACCUUGACAUACCAGAGAACAUCCGGGCGUCGGCGUCGAGCGGGUGUCGGCACAGUUCGGUGGGCGUGGCGCUGGCCGUGCCGCAAGCCCCCUCCGCGCCCUCCUCGCCCGACUGACCGACCGCUCGCGCUCUUAUCGACUAGGAAGAUUAGGAAAUGAUGAUGUGAUGGAGCCAAAGCAGCUAAGGUUAGGGGAUGAUCAAGGUCACUUCAUUUCUAAACAUUAUAAGUCACUAUAAAACGCGUUUUUUUCAUUCUAUCAAAUUACAUAUGAUUAGAAUUAUUAUUCUAUUUACAUUGUCGCAUGAGGUAUUUUAACAGCGCUAUAAUUUUAUAAAACGUAACAUUUCAAACAUCUGUAACAUAAAUAUCUAAUCCAAAAGACUUGGUAAAUUUUCCCUAAAUGAUAAGCUCCUCAUUUUGUAGUUUCUAUGUUUAACAACAAUAAUUUAUCGAAGUAAAACAGUUUUACAAAACUAAUAUGUACGACGACACAUAAAAUAAUUCAGUUUGUUAUCCUGUCAGUCAGCUUUCGUUACAUUAGAUUGUCAUAAUACAAUAGUGAUAACUGUGUUUAUAUAACAUAGGUACAAGUGGACACUUCUAUAGGAGUAGAUAAAAUAGAAAAGCUUGAUAGUAAAGACGCAGUAGAAAAUAGUAGUAAAGCCUAAUUGAAGAAGCUCGGAUCUGUGACUUCGUCGAUCGUUCUUAUCGAGAUACUUCGCAGGAUACAAAAUGUCUCUGGUAUACAACGAGAGUUCUCCUCCACGUCUACAAUUUAUUCCCUAUCUAGGCUCUUAGGAGCUAGCAAAAGACAGUACGAUAGUUUAGCCGAAUGGUGCUGAAGCUGAAUCAUGGAUUCGAUGAGGAAAUAUUGAAUUCGAAGAAUUUAUCUUACUCUCGUAGCCCGUCGUGUGGUAUCUAUCUAUUAUAAAAUCAACCUAAUUAGUUCACUAAACUAGUGUUUUAGUAAUUCAAUUCAUGCAACUUUUUAUUCAUCAUAACAAAUUUCAUAAUUACCUAAUACUAAUCACAAGAGGUUUCGCACUCACACGUCGUUACGAGGUUGCCGAUGUGCCCGACACAAGGCGUCGCCGAGCCGUGGGGAACACAUUUGAUUAAAGCACUAUGUCUCAUGUACAUAUUUACAGUAAUUACGAUAACAAUAGGGUAUACGGCGG